CCACCGAAUGCGACGAUCCGAGUGCCAAGGCGAAAUUCUGGAUCGGACAGUGCCAUGAACGCGGACAUGGUACUGAACAAAACUCCACUCGGGCUCGUACAAUUUUUGCGUCAAGACUUGCAAUGAAAUAUCCACCAAGCCGCGAUAAGCUCACCACCACAACUCCGACGGAAUCCGGCAGUAGCAACCAAUCCGAAAGCAAGAGGCGGAAGGUUCGCUGAAAGUGACAAGUCAAUGAUCUCACCACUCAAACCCCCUGUCCCUCCAGGCGCUGUGUGUCUGUGAUAUUUCUGUUUUUUUUGACCAUUGAUCGAAUAUUUUGUUACCCAAUACCAUCGCGCGCUGGUCAUGACCAUUCGCCCACUGGGCCCUGUUCACGUGUAUGGUGCCAUGAGCGUGCUCAUGUCUCUGCCAAAUGCGCUGGAUCUGGGUGACUUGUUUUCUUGCCUCAUGGUAGAGCCAAGCAUCCUCUCUCGAACUGCGAUGAUGAACACCCAACUCGACCAGCACGCUACCGCUUCCGUCUCUGACAAUGCCAUUGGUGCACCUGUCCUCAGGUCCUGCACUCGAUGCGUGGCCAAGACCAAUGUCCCCGCGCACCUCUACUUCAGCGUCAAACCCGACGGAACGUAUUAUAACUAUUGCGACGAUUGCACCGAGAAGAACAGAGUGAAGCUUGUCAGAAACCGCCAAAAGUGCCUCGAGAAGGUUGUCGAGGAUCCUACCGUUGAAAAGAAGUGCUGUGGCUGUCUGGUCAUCAAGCCACUUGCUCAGUUCCGAGUGGAUCUGUCCAAGCCGGAUAAUCUCACCGAUUCCUGCAUUACCUGCCUUGAAAAGGGCGCCCGACACGAUGCUCGUCGAAUGGCCAAUCCAGAGACCAGAGAGAAGCGACUGGCACUGAACCGCGAGAACCGAUACGACAUCGACUACAGGGAGCGUCGAAUGGCAGAAGACCCAGAGGGAUUCCGCCGUCACCUGGCAGAUGUCCACAACGAGUGGGCUCGCAACAACAGAGACCACCUCAGACACUACCAUCGCACCCACUUCAACACCUUCAUUGGCGAGCGCAAGCGUCAGGCCCAGACCAAGCGCAUUCCCUGGAAUCUCACUGACGACCAGGCUCUGGUUAUGUGCACAUCUCCCUGCGUCUAUUGCGGAUUCCUCGAUGGCGAUGGAAUCCUCAAUGGCAUCGAUCGCCUGAACAACAACGGGGCGUACGACAUGAGUAACACUGUCUCCUGCUGCGUGAAGUGUAAUUACAUGAAAAUGGCCCUCGAUCCCGUCACCUUUAUCCGCCGUUGUGCACACCUCGUGUAUACAUAUGGUGGUCCUGGCGAGUUUGCUGGCGACGAUGCCUGGAAAAAGUAUUCGGGAGUGUCCUUUGCUGCCUACAAGGCCCGGGCCGAGAAGAAGGGUCUUACCUUUGAGCUGCAGGAGCACGAGUUCAAGGCGCUCUGCCAGGGCAAGUGUGCGUAUUGCGGCAAGACCAGCAGUCACGGACACCGCAACGGCGUCGACAGGAAGGACAACGAGCAGGGAUAUGUGCGCGGGAAUGUAUUGACCUGCUGCGGGGACUGCAACUACUUGAAGUGCGACUUGACCAUGCAAGAGUUCUUUGAUCAGCUGAACGCAGUCAACAAUCUCCGACUGGAGCGGGGCAUCGAUCGCCGCUUUUACAGGACCCCCAAGCAGACGAACCCCAUCGCCAAGCGGGAGACAGCGUGGUGAAUCGGGGCUGACCUGGGUCCUGCGCAAAAAGCAGUAAAGGAAAAAUCACUAGAUGAGGGUAGAGCCCACCGUCUCUCUCCUGAUCUGAGCCGACACGAUGAUCUCGACCGACGCUCAGCCCCUCCUCAGAUCCUGCUCCCAAUGCCGUGCCAAGACCAAUGUCCCUGCGCACCUCUAUUUCAGUCGCAAGGGCGAUGGCAGCUAUAA